CGUUAACUAGAAAAGCCGCACACCACGUUAUAGAGGAAUAACGGAUCCUCUCCAUUUGCAAAAUCUCUAGCUGCUGCAAUAGUUGCUAAUCCUCGUAUCCUGUCGGUCCUCUUAUCAAGUUCCGCACUUGCAUUUAUUAUUACUUUUUAAUUUCAAGCUUUACAUUGUAACCCCUAGGGUUUAGGGUUUUAUCAGGGUUUUAUAUUCACUCUCAUUUUAUUCGAUCUUAUAACGCAAAGCAAAUGUUGGAUGAAAGCAAGUUUGAUGUGCACCUGAAUCUAUGGGCACUUCGAAUCCCUCGCGAGCUUUGCAAAGUGGCCACUCGAAUUCUAAACGGGUAUUUGCUUGACAAGGCUCGAAUUAAACCUAUUACGGAAGAUCCAACUUGUGACAAAAACCGUUACCUCAUAUUGUCUGAAAAGGUUCAGAAUCCUGAUUUAUGUGAUAUUCCAGACAGUAAACUUGAUGAACUGAAAAGUUCGUGCAAGAUUGAAGUAGUUCCCUAUUCGCUGACACUUGGGUAUUCCUAUUGGAGUGCAGAUCAUGUAUUAAAGCAGAUUCUACCUCCUGGAGUGGAGGUGCCUUCAUCAUUUGAAACAAUAGGUCACAUUGCUCAUCUGAAUAUACACGAGGAAUUACUUCCUUACAAGGAUGUUAUUGCAAGGGUUAUCUAUGAUAAAAAUUGUCCAAGAAUCAAAACUGUUGUCAAUAAAGUUGGUACAAUUACAAAUGAGUUCCGUGUGCCAAAGUUUGAAAUUCUUGCGGGACAAAAUGAUAUGGUUACUGAAGUGAAGCAAUAUGGGGCAACUUUUAAGCUUGACUAUGGAUUGGUCUAUUGGAAUUCAAGGUUGGAACACGAACACAUGAGGCUGGUUUCUCAGUUCCGAGCAGGGGAGGCAAUUUGUGACAUGUUUGCUGGUGUUGGUCCCUUUGCUAUUCCAGCAGCACAGAAAGGAUGUGUAGUGUUUGCAAAUGACUUAAAUCCAGAUAGCGUUCGUUAUCUGAAGAUCAAUGCAGAAAUCAACAAAGUUGAUGAUCUUGUUCGUGCAUACAAUAUGGAUGCAAGAAAUUUUAUUUUACAAAUGAUGGCAGUGCCAGAUAGUGAGUUUAACACCGAACUUGAUGUUCCCCAGGGGAGAACUUGUGAGGAAUAUGAGAUACAGGCAAACGAAGAAUCAAAGUCAGAAAAUGGGCAGCGAACUGUUGAGGCGAAGGAAGUACCAGAUAAUGUUACAAGUAAUCUGGAGUGUGCACAAGGUUCAAGUAGGAAAGCAGAUACACCUGUAUCUGCAGUAAAAAGACCUUCAAGUAAUAGUCAAGAAGUGAAUGGGAGUGCUGAUGGAACUGGUACCUCUGGAGCUGGUCGAAGAAAAGGAAGCACAAAUAAGAGGAUGAGGGGCUCUGAGAUGUCAAAUGCCAAGCCUUGGGAGCAUAUUGAUCAUGUGAUUAUGAACCUACCUGCUUCUGCUCUCCAAUUUCUAGAUGUAUUUAGUGGCAUAAUCAAGAGGAAAUUUUGGAAUGGGCCUCUUCCUUGGAUUCACUGCUAUUGCUUCAUGCGGGCAAAUGAAUCUGAAGAAUUUAUAGUUUCAGAGGCAGAGUCUGCCUUGAAUGCCAGUAUACAAGAUCCAAUAUUUCAUAGGGUUAGGGAUGUGGCUCCAAACAAGGCAAUGUUUUGCCUAAGUUUUAGGCUGCCAGAAGCUUGCUUCAAUGAAGAUGACACUGAUACUAUCAUUCAUUCCGCUGCUGGAUAGUGAUAAGCUCUCAUAUAAUGCAGAGGCUUCUUGGUUGGAUUAGAGUCAUUAGACCAAAUAUUUGUCCACCAGCUUUAAUGGGGCAUGAUUUAGAGCUCUAACCUAACAUACAAAGGAAGAAUUAGAGGAAAAAUUGAACAGCAGGGAAAGCCAAGCAUGAUCUGAGAUAUGCAGCGUUCCCGAGUCCAAAGUUUGAAGCAGUAUGAUGCACUUGGUUGAUAGAUUAAAAUUCAUGUUUUUCAUUGUAAAAAUUAGGUCUUAUGGGACAUGCAAUCGGGUGGGCAAAGAAUGACCAAGUUCAAACCUAGGUCGACUGAGUCCAAUUAAUCUUUUCAUUCUUUGGGGCAAAGUAGCUCGUUGUUCUCUAGCCUUAAAGCAGGAUUAUGUAGUCUAUAUCUUAAAAAGUUUAUUUUGUUGUUGGGA